AUGAGGUACUUCUUUGGCAUCAACUACCUGCCGAAUUGUCUGGUGAUGGCUGCGCUCGACCAUCUGCCCACCCGUGAUUUGGAAACUUUACAUCGCGUCAACUGGGACUUCAGGGCAUGCAUCACGAGACGCGGCGUAUUCCCGCGUAGAGUGGAAUCCAUCUCCAUCACGGCCCGAAUCCGGAAGCCGGAGCACGCGAAAGAAGUGGGCGAGCAAGAACACAAGAUUUGGCUGCACGAGACGCAGAUUGUCAUCCGUGAUUUCGGCCAAGGCACCUUGACUUUCAAUAGCCACAGCUUCUACAGGUUGAACCGCUUCCCGUUCUCGAGCCUAAUUGACCUGAUCAAGUCAAGCGUUAGCAUCACGUGUCGCGAGCUGGAUGUGGAGCUGAUUGCCACUUACGAUGGCACGGUAGUAACUGACAAGCAGUGCCCAGGCAUUUUCGACACCGUCACGUUUCAGUUGGCAUUUUGUCCACGGAGGCGCGCCAGUGAAGGGCUGAUGCAUUCUGUUACGUCCAACUACGAAUUCCCGGCCCACGUGAAGGCGGUCACGGAGUUUUUGUCAGAUUUGAAGACGAGGGUGCGCCGGAUCCAUAAAGGGGCCAUGGAACUGCUUGAUGAGACGGAAGCAGACGCACAAACGCUUCUCAAAUGGAUUGAGAAGCACGCGAUGCCAAGUCAUCCAUGCCCGCAUUGCUCGUUUGUCUUCGAUCGGCCUUACAAUUUGAAACGGCAUUGCGACCGCUUACAUGGGGGCUCGCCAAUCCCCAUUAUCCCCAGGAAAAAGGGUGAUAGCGUCAAGUGCCACAUUUGCCAAGCCCGAAUGCGCGACGAAGAGGCCCUCGAGGACCACGUUUCCGCUUACCAUAGCUUCCCAGUGCCUGAGAUAGAGCCACCCGCCCCUGGUUUUUACUGUACUGAGUGUGUAGUGCCAGCGAAGAAUUAUGAAGACUUUGUCAUGCAUUUUGCGGGGUCCCACGAAGAUUCGGAUACCCAUUUUGAAAUCAAUGAGUUGAAAGUAGCGCGCGAUCAGUUGAGCGACUGGGUCAAAGAGUUUGAAGAGCGUCACAAUGCUCGAUUUGCGGUUAGGACGUCCAAUGAUAAGCAUCGAUAUCUGAAGUGUGCACAAAGCACUGAUAAGGAUGGAGCAAUUACAUGUCCUUCUUUUAUUCGGAUCAAUUUUCUCGACGCUCAAUCUGCCGAAAUUAUUUUUGCCGAUAAGCACUCGCACGCGCCAGACAUUCCCAAGCUUACGUUGCGCAACUCUCUAGUAGAAGAUCGCAUUGUCGCGCUUUUGCAACAGGGUCUCCUCCCCCGCCAAAUGGCUAUCGCCGCUUCUUCGCAUCAGGAAUUUGAUGAUCCAAUCCCAGAAAUCCCGGUACAGAACGAAAACAUGCCCCCAGAAUCCCAGAAAAAGGAAGCCCUACAAAAAUUUAGAACAACCCUAAAUGCACUUUGGUAUGCGGCGGCGGAUUGCGACGUUGAGCUCCUUGAAAACUGGCAGGAAGACAUUGAGGAAAAAUUACGUACCAUCACCAAGGAGAAACGCAAGCCAGUCAUCGCACCAAGGCAACAGAAUGAUGUCCCGAUCCGCGAAGCUUCCGCCAAUUACCGCAUGCAAUCUAAGGCCGCUAAGCGGAAACUCGAGCCA